GGGUUACAUGAUCCUCCAAAAGUCCAAAGUCACGCGUAAGAUAAUGGAUCCAAUGACUCACUUUCUCACUCCCUCAAUGAAGAUAAACAACAACACAAAACAACAAAAGUAACCAACUUCUCAUUUAUAAAUUAGAACUCACUCAUGUUGCCUCACUCUACAGUGUGCUAAUAUGGCUUCUCUUAAUCCAUUAGUCACUCUUUUUCUAACUUACAUACUUCUAACUUUGUUUCAUUGUGUAGCUGAACAAGCUACUCCUCCAAAGUCCACCAAAAUUGGUCAAGGUUAUCGUUUGAUAUCUAUUGAAGAUGCCCCUAAUGGUGCCAUCACAGGACUCCUUCAAGUUAAGGAGAAGAAUGAUAUAUAUGGUCCUGACAUUCCCCUUCUACGCUUCUAUGUCAAGCAUGAGACCGAGAAUCGUUUGAGGGUACACAUAACUGAUGCAAAGAACCAAAGGUGGGAAGUUCCUUAUGAUCUUUUGCCUAGGGAGAAACCACCAACUCUAAAGCAGAACAUUAAGAGGUUGAACAAGAAUUCAAUAUCAGUGUCAAAGUACUCAAGUUCUGAGCUUGUUUUCAGUUACACUCCUGACCCGUUUAGCUUUGCAGUCAAAAGAAAGUCCAAUGGUGAUACCAUAUUUGACUCCAAUUCUAAUGACUCAAACUCAUUUGGUCCAUUGGUCUUCAAAGACCAAUACUUGGAAAUUUCUACCAAAUUGCCUAAAGAUGCUUCUCUGUAUGGUUUAGGAGAGAACACACAGCCUCAUGGGAUAAAGUUGUAUCCAAAUGACCCUUAUACUUUGUAUACUACUGAUGUAGCAGCUAUUGCUCUCAAUACUGAUCUAUAUGGAUCACAUCCUGUAUACAUGGAUCUUAGAAAUGAAGGUGGCAAGCCUUAUGCACAUGGUGUUCUGUUGUUGAAUAGCAAUGGAAUGGAUGUGUUUUAUAAAGGGAACUCUUUGACAUACAAGAUUAUUGGAGGGGUACUUGAUUUUUACUUCUUUGCAGGACCUACGCCUCUGAAUGUUGUUGAUCAGUAUACAUCCUUCAUCGGUAGACCAGCUCCGAUGCCUUAUUGGGCUUUCGGAUUCCACCAAUGCAGAUGGGGUUAUCACAACUUAUCUGUUGUUGAAGAUGUUGUCGAAAAUUACAAGAAAGCCAAAAUCCCACUUGAUGUUAUAUGGAAUGAUGAUGAUCACAUGGAUGGACACAAAGACUUCACACUCAAUCCGAUUAACUACCCUCGUCAAAAGCUUUUAAACUUUCUUGACAGAAUACACAACAUUGGCAUGAAAUACAUUGUGAUCAUCGAUCCCGGAAUUGCUGUUAACACCAGUUAUGGUGUAUACCAAAGGGGCAUGGCUAAUGAUGUUUUUAUCAAGUAUGAGGGUGAACCCUUCUUGGCUCAAGUUUGGCCAGGAGCAGUGUACUUUCCUGAUUUUCUCAAUCCAAAAACAGUUUCAUGGUGGGGUGAUGAGAUUCGCCGCUUCCAUGAGCUUGUACCAGUUGAUGGCUUAUGGAUUGACAUGAACGAAGCUUCGAAUUUCUGCUCGGGAAAGUGCACAAUUCCUGCAGGAAAGGUGUGCCCAAGUGGAACAGGACCUGGUUGGAUAUGUUGCUUGGAUUGCAAAAACAUCACAAGCACACGAUGGGAUGAUCCUCCCUACAAAAUUAAUGCUUCGGGAUUACAAGCUCCUAUAGGUUUUAAAACUAUAGCCACAAGUGCAGUUCACUAUAAUGGCAUUUUGGAGUAUGAUGCUCAUAGUAUUUAUGGUUUUUCUCAAUCCAUUGCAACACAUAAGGCCCUUCAAGGGCUUCAAGGAAAACGGCCUUUUAUUUUGUCGCGCUCCACUUAUGUUGGUUCAGGCAAAUAUGCAGCACAUUGGACAGGUGACAAUCAGGGCACAUGGGAGAACUUGAGAUACUCAAUAUCUACUAUGCUAAAUUUUGGAAUAUUUGGGGUGCCAAUGGUUGGUUCAGAUAUAUGUGGCUUCUAUCCACAACCAACUGAAGAGCUUUGCAAUAGGUGGAUUGAAGUUGGUGCUUUCUAUCCUUUCUCAAGGGAUCAUGCAAACUACUACUCUCCUAGACAAGAACUUUAUCAAUGGGAGUCAGUAGCUGAAUCAGCUAGAAAUGCUUUGGGGAUGAGGUAUAAGCUCCUACCCUAUCUGUACACCCUAAACUAUGAGGCUCAUAUUAGUGGAGCCCCAAUUGCUAGGCCUCUUUUCUUCUCAUUCCCAACCUAUGCUGAAUGCUAUGGUCUCAGCACCCAGUUUUUACUUGGGAGCAGCCUAAUGAUUUCUCCUGUUCUUGAGCAAGGGAAAAAAGAAGUUGAAGCACUUUUUCCUCCAGGAACAUGGUACAGUUUAUUUGAUUUGACGCAAGUCAUUGUAUCGAAAGAUGGAUCCAAUGUUACCCUUGAUGCACCCCUGCAUGUGGUCAAUGUGCACUUGUAUCAGAAUACCAUUCUACCAAUGCAACAGGGUGGAAUGAUAUCUAAGGAUGCUAGAAUGACACCCUUCAGCCUCAUUGUGACAUUCCCAGCAGGUGCAAGUGAAGGAGAAGCGAAAGGGAACCUAUUCCUUGAUGAUGAUGAGCUUCCAGAAAUGAAGCUUGGAAAUGGAUAUUCUACCUAUAUUGACUUCCAUGCAAGUGUGAAAGAAGGAAAUGUAAAAGUUUGGUCACAAGUUCAAGAGGGAAAGUUUGCUUUGGAUAAAGGUUGGGUCAUUGACACAAUACAUGUGCUGGGAUUAAAUGGAAGUGGGGCAACGGCUACAAUAGAGGUAGAUGGUACACUAUCAAAUGUGACAAUUGAUAUAACUGAGCAAAAUUACUUAUAUGGGCAAGGAGAUCGAAAAAAUAAUACAGUGAUGGCAAGAAUGAAGGGGUUGAAUAUCCCUGUAGGUAAAAGUUUCUCUAUGACUUGGAAGGUUUAGUUUAGAUUAGAUUUGUCUCAUCUUAAUUGGGACUUGAAACUUGCUCUUGUGUUUUCUAUUACUUUUAUUAGCAUCUUAGAUGGAUAGGAGAUGAGCUAGAAUAAAGCUAAUCCUGUUCUAUUUAAUACUAAGAGGAUUAAUCAUGGGUUAAGAUCUUAUA